GGGAGAAACCCGCGAAGCGAUGGGAGCCGACGAAGCGGCUGACAUACGCUGCGAUGGGCGGGAUGCGGGAGUUGCACGCGCAAGACCCCGCGAUGUGGACGCCACAGGCGCUCGGCCAGCGCUUCGGCAUCUCGUACGAGGCAGUCAAGCGUAUCCUGCGGUCCAAGUGGGCGGCGACGACCGACGACAAGGACGUGGGCAAGUGGUCCCGCGCGUCGGACGGCGUCAAUAGUCCCGUGCCCCAGAUCCGGGCGGUGUACGAGCUCAAGCGGGCUAACGAGGCCCAGGAGAAGGAGGCCAAGGAGAGCGGAGAUGGGAAGGGCAAGGAGAAGGUCAAGCAAAAGGAGGUUGGGGAGACCGCUAAGAAAGCCGUUGGAAAGGGCUGGGGCAAGAGCGGCCAGGAUCAAGUCGGUAUUUCGAGGAGUACGAGGGGCGCACCACCUUUCCGUCAACGCGGCGGAUUCGGGCUCCAGCAGUAGACAUAACACGCACAUCUCAUCGCAUCUUAUCUCAUCUCGUCUUAUUUCAUCAUGCAUAGAUAGCAUCUGU